AUGGGAGGAAAAGGUGGCAGCGGUGGAGGUGGAAAGGGCGGGGGAGGAGGAGGGAAAAGUGGUGGCGGUGGAGGAGGAGGGAAAAGUGGUGGCGGUGGAGGAGGAGGAGGCUACAUGGUAGCUCCGGGGAGCAAUGGAUCUUCUUACAUUUCAAGAGAUAACUUUGAGAGUGACCCUAAAGGUUACUUUGAUAAUCUGCAUGGUAGCAAGUGAAUCAUGUCUCUGUUUUUAAAUUGUAUGCGUUGAAGAUCCUUAUUGUACUACCAAAUAUAUUAUCUAAUAACGAUCAAAUAAA